AUGCGACACCAAGCAACACGACGACGACGAGCGCCGUCGGAAACCUCUUCGAUCGCAUCGAGUCGACGCUCGUCAUUCGCACAAAAUGGGAAUUCGUCGCGGAAAAGUUCCGAGUUGAAAGGACCAUGCGAAAAAGUGGUUCAUACCGCCCAAGAUUCGCUGUUCUCGACGAGUUCUGGGUGGACAAACUUUCGUGGAUUCUUCAAUUUGUCGAUUUUGUUGCUGGUUCUGUCAAACGGUCGCGUUGCUUUGGAGAAUGUGAUCAAGUAUGGAAUACUCAUCACCCCACUCCAAUGGAUCUCCACAUUCGUCGAGCACAACUAUUCGAUAUGGAGUUGGCCGAAUCUCGCGCUGAUUCUUUGCUCGAAUUUUCAGAUUUUGCUGGUGUUGGGGGUGGAGAAGAUACUUGAACGCGGAUGGCUGGGCAACGUGUUCGCCGCCGUCUUCUACACGACUCUCGUGAUUCUCCAUUUGAUGAUUCCGGUCGUCGUCACGCUCACCCAUACGUGGAAAAACCCGCUAUGGUCGGUGGUAAUGAUGGGCGUCUACGUGAUCGAAGCGCUGAAAUUCAUCUCCUACGGACACGUCAACUACUGGGCACGUGAUGCUCGUCGCAAAAUCACCGAACUCAAAACGCAAGUCACCGAUUUGGCGAAAAAAACGUGCGAUCCGAAGCAGUUUUGGGAUUUGAAGGAUGAGCUAUCGAUGCAUCAGAUGGCGGCGUCCUAUCCAGCGAAUCUGUCGCUUUCAAAUAUUUAUUAUUUCAUGGCCGCACCCACACUGUGCUACGAAUUCAAGUUUCCAAGGACUCUGAGGAUUCGAAAGCAUUUUUUGAUUAAAAGAACAAUCGAACUCGUUUUUCUCUCUUUCCUUAUCGCUGCAUUAGUUCAACAAUGGGUUGUGCCAACUGUAAGGAAUAGUAUGAAGCCACUGAGUGAAAUGGAGUUGCCACGAUGCAUGGAACGUCUUCUGAAACUGGCGAUUCCGAAUCACUUGAUCUGGUUGCUCUUCUUCUACACAUUCUUCCACUCCUUCUUGAAUCUUGUCGCCGAACUUUUGAGAUUCGCCGAUCGAGAAUUCUAUCGAGACUUCUGGAACGCUGAGACCAUUUCUUACUUCUGGAAAUCAUGGAAUAUCCCGGUCCAUCGCUUCGCUGUACGCCACAUUUACAGCCCCAUGAUGCGCAACAAUUUCUCGAAAAUGAGCGCGUUUUUUGUGGUUUUCUUCGUUUCAGCGUUCUUCCACGAGUAUUUGGUGUCGGUGCCGCUGAAAAUGUUCCGAUUGUGGUCCUAUUACGGAAUGAUGGGACAGAUUCCGUUAUCUUAUGUGACGGAUAAGAUUGUGAGAGGCGGGAGAACUGGAAAUAUCAUCGUCUGGCUCUCACUCAUCGUCGGACAACCGCUUGCGAUUCUCAUGUAUGGACACGACUGGUACAUCCUGAACUUUGGAGUUUCAUCUGUCACAAAUCAGACAAUCGUUAUCUAA